CGAGGGACGGGGCCGGCCGGAGAGGAGGGGAGCGGCCGGCGGGAGGGCGGCUCGGCCAGGGAGGACCGGCGGCGGCUGUGAGAGAGAUAGAACAACCAGGAGUCUAACAUGAACGGACAGUUAGACCUAAGCGGAAAGCUAAUUAUUAAAGCUCAACUUGGGGAGGAUAUUCGGAGAAUUCCCAUUCAUAAUGAGGAUAUCACCUAUGAUGAACUUGUGCUGAUGAUGCAGAGAGUUUUUCGAGGAAAACUUUUGAGCAACGAUGAAGUUACAAUAAAGUAUAAAGAUGAAGAUGGCGAUCUUAUCACUAUUUUCGAUAGCUCAGAUCUUUCCUUUGCGAUUCAAUGCAGUAGGAUCCUGAAACUGACGCUGUUUGUUAACGGACAACCGAGACCUCUGGAAUCAAGUCAGGUGAAAUACCUCCGUCAAGAACUGAUAGAACUACGCAACAAAGUGAACCGCUUGUUGGACAGCCUAGAACCACCUGUUGAGCCAGGACUUUCCACCAGUCUCCCUGAAAAUGACACUGUGGAUGGCAGGGAAGAAAAACCUGCUGCUUCUGAUGCUUCUGGGAAGCAGUCGACUCAAGUGAUGGCAGCAAGUAUGUCUGCUUUUGAUCCCUUAAAAAAUCAAGAUGAAAUCAACAAAAAUGUUAUGUCAGCAUUUGGCCUUACAGAUGACCAAACGGGACCACCCAGUGCUCCUGCAGAAGAACGGUCAGGAACACCGGACAGCAUCGCUUCCUCCUCCUCUGCAGCCCACCCACCCGGUGUUCAGCCCCAGCAGCCUCCCUAUUCGGGAACCCAGGCACAAGCAGGUCAGAUGGAAGGACAGAUGUAUCAACAGUACGCAGCACAGGCCGGCUAUGGUACUCAGCAGCCACAGGCUCAGCCCCAACAACAGUAUGGUAUGCAGUAUGCAGGAGCCAGCUACGGUCAGCCAGCCGGCCCGCAGCAGUUCCAGAACUACAGCCAGGCCCCGGCAUCCCAGGCCCCCGCUCCUCCGGGCUUUUCAGGCCAACCCCAACAGCUGCCCGCCCAACCUGCCCAGCAGUACCAGGCGAGCACCUAUCCCCCUCAGAGUUACACCACCCAGCCGUCCCAGGCUACCUACACUGUGGCCCCUGCCUCCCAGCCGGGCAUGGCCCCGAGCCAACCGGGGGCCUACCAGCCCCGGCCCGGUUUCACCCCCCCUCCUGGCACUAUCAUGACCCCCCCUCCGAGCGGCCCGAACCCCUACGCCCGUAACCGGCCGCCCUUCGGCCAGGGCUACACCCAGCCUGGGCCUGGCUAUCGAUAAUCUGGGCUUGAAAGCGUCGCUGCUUUCUCGUCUCCCCCACCGCCAGACUCUGAUAUUACCUUUUAAUUUGUGUUGAAGUUCCGAAAGUUGGAAAAAAAAUAAGCAGCGCAUUCUUUACGGUAUCACUGUUGUCGUUAAAUUAAUUAUAAUUUGCUGGAACAAAAGACCAAAAUGAAUCUCCCCCACCCCCCACCCCCCCAGCUUUAAAUCGCGUCAGCUUCCUCGUUUAUUUUGGAACACUAUCCUAAAUGUGUGUAAAGUGAUUGGCAUUUCUAGCUUGCCUCGUCAGAAGGAUCUUAAAAUGCUAGUUUGGGACUUAGCCAAUUGACCAGAUUUGUUUUUACUAUUAACGUGAUGUACUAAAUUAGAUCCACGGGGGGUGGGGGGGGGGUGGGGGAAUAGGUAUUAUGUACAAACUGUAACAUUUACAUUGAAAGGCUAAUAAAACGAUCGAAUCCAUUA